AUGAAGCACUGUGCUGGCAUCCUCAUCGCUCUGCUCUGCAUCCUCCUGGCUUCUCCGGCGGCAUCGGUCUCCACAGUCCUGGCUGAAAACAGGUUGAGGAGGGAAGGAGGCGAGUUUUGGCCGGUGGAUUGGUGGCAAUCAAACAAGCAGCUUCGGCGUCGACCACUGAGACCGCCGCCAGCUCCAAGACGCAGACCACAAGUUCAUCGAAUCAGACCUCCGCCAUCGUGUUGCAGCUGACGCUGCGUUCCAUCUCCGUCUCCGUUUACCGGUGACCCCACCCCUCCGCGUUAUGGGCAGCGUCGUACACUGGGACGAACCUGAUCUCCUUGGAAAAUAA